AUGCCUCCGACUCUCCCACCUCCCGACGAGCAAGAAUACGAUGCGCCCUCGACCAUCGCGACUCUGCCCGGGCAAGACCUGAAUGCCGGAAACAACCUUUUCUGGUACUUCACCUCGUCGCCAUGGUUCGAUGCCGAGGAGUGCAUCAACAUAUCCGUCUUCACCAACCUCAACCUCCAUGACCCGGCCAAUGCCCAACAAAUCAUGAAUGACCCGACGCUGUGGAAUCAACGACUCAAUAGUGUACCGCAAGGAAUACAAUACGUUAUAGCAGGCGAAGGGCAGGGCGAAGGGCACCCAUGGAUUCUCCAGCGCCAACACAAGGCCGAGGUCACGGAUUAUGAUGGCAACAAGAAGAAUGGCAUGUUUGUCGAGGGCAACUGGUACACGCACAACACCAAAGUUCUUAUGGCGCCGAGUUUGCUGGACGUUGUGCAGAGUAGGCUGCUUACCGUCGCGACGCGCAUGGAGCAGAUGGCUGAGAUAUCCAAAAACAUGACACACUGGACACCUGCGACGGGAUACUCGUACUUCCCUCCUUCACACGAAGCGGCGAAAGCGGCGACUACGGCGAGUCGAAUAGGUAGUCCAGCGCUGGCGCCAACAGACCCAGACGCAGCGGGCUCACAGUCACAAGGAGCAGGAGCCACGGCACAGGCGACAGACCCACUGGCAUCCACCACCGAGUUCUCAGACGCGCUGUUCAUGCACUCGCUCAAUCUCACAAACGCAUACGGAGACGAAUACAUGGAUGAGAACCCGCUAAAGGGCGAGCCAGGCGCGUUCGUGUUCGAGGGCACCAAGACCGCUGUGAAUGCGAGGAACAAGGCACAAGAGCAAGCAACACAAGCCUCACUGUCUACACCUGCUGCAGGGCUGAAAAUCGAGACACAGCCACCAAGCAGAGCACCAUCUGCAGUGGGCACACCAAAGGCGGUAGGGACGCCGACGACACUGGAAGCACAGGGUAAAAAGGGCAUUAUCGCUCCCGCUCCCAAGAAGAAGAAGGACAGGAGGAAGAGUCAAGGCGGGCUGACGAGUCCGACGACACCGAGUGUGCCAUAG